UGAUAUAAACUUCCGAAACACCACCGUGUCACUAUCACGAUCACAGAAUCAUGACAAUGAAUGGAUCCAAUAUUACCGCAGUCUUUCGGGAGGUUGCACCCACAGUUUUCACUUUAACAUAGAUAUUUCCGUGAAGAUCAUGAAGAAUUUAACUUUUGUGCUGUUUCUUUUCUGUGUUGCCUGUGUGUCCCUGUCAAAAGAAGAUGCACCCACGCCUCCCAAACCAGCACCUGUUCCUGUCCCCAAGGAGGACAUUUCUGGAAUAUUUACAAACACAAAUGAAAGUUCGAAAAAUGACACCAACACAACAACUAUACUUAACACUACCACAACAGUCACAACAGUGGCAGCCCCCACCACAAAACUGGUACCGGUGGACUUACCUAAGAAAGGGUCUGCCGAAGAGGAGCACCAUAGCAGCUUCACCAUCUUCUUCAUUCUUAUACUAGUCGCUUUGUCAAUUUUGACGACUCAUAUGCUCAUCCAAACAAGGUUUCACUAUUUACCAGAAAGUAUAGCAGACAUUUUAUUAGGUGCUUUUGCAGGAUUGGUGUUAAAAAUGUCAGGGAGUGUUCAGAAUACUGAAGCUUUCAACCCAACUGUGUUCUUCAUAGUGCUGCUACCACCUAUUAUAUUUGAAUCUGGAUACAAUUUGCAUAAGGGUAACUUUUUCCAGAACUUGGGUUCUAUUUUGGUGUUUGCUAUCAUUGGCACAGUGAUAUCGGCCCUGGUGGUAGGGGGAGGAAUAUACUUACUCGGGCAGGCCCAGGUAGUGUACAAACUGACCUGGAUUGAAUCGUUUGCCUUCGGGUCUCUGAUUUCGGCGGUGGACCCUGUGGCUACUCUUGCAAUUUUCCAUGCUUUGGACGUGGAGCCCGUGUUGUACAUGCUGGUGUUUGGAGAGAGUGUGUUGAAUGAUGCUGUAUCCAUUGUACUUACAACUACUGUGUUAGAGUAUGCAGAUCCCUCUAUAAAAGUCACUAACAAAGCGGAAGCAGUGUUCUCGGCAGCAGGGCGAUUCCUGGCGAUGUUCUUUGGCUCGGCAGCUAUAGGAGUCCUGUGUGGUUUAAUCAGUGCUUUAUUAUUAAAACAUGUAGACCUACGGAAAACUCCCUCACUGGAGUUUGGACUCAUGUUAACUUUCUCAUAUUUGCCAUAUGCUUUAGCAGAAGGAAUCCACUUAUCUGGUAUAAUGGCUAUUUUGUUUUGUGGAAUUGUGAUGUCUCAUUAUACUCAUCCAAACUUGUCACCCGUGACACAAAUCACUACUCAACAGACGUUCAGAACUAUUGCCUUUAUAGCAGAAACCUGUGUAUUUGCCUACCUAGGCCUAGCCUUCUUCAGUUUUAAAUUGAUGGUUAAACCUGCAUUUGUGAUAUGGAGCAUAGCUCUGGUACUCCUUGGAAGAGCUUUUAAUAUAUUCCCACUGUCAUUCAUCAUGAACUACUUCAGAGAACAUAAAAUCACAAGAAAUAAUCAAUUUAUCAUGUGGUUCAGUGGUUUACGUGGUGCUAUUGCCUUUGCCCUGAGUCUUCACCUGGAAUUUGAGCAGGAGAAGAGAUACGUUCUAGUCACAGCCACUCUUAUUAUCGUACUGUUCACAAUCUUCUUUCUGGGGGGCAUGACUCUGCCACUGAUGAAGUGUUUGAAAGCAAACAAAAAGAAGAAGAAAUCUGAAAGAGAAGUCUCUCUGAGUAAAACCAAGGAAAUGCUACUUAUUCCACAUAUUUUUCAAGGGGGUGAGACAGUGGACACGGAUCAUUUAUCGGAGCUUACGGAGGAGGAGUAUGAAGUGGGCUAUGUCAGAUCUCAUCAGAAAGGCUUCAUGAAGGUUGACGCCAAGUACCUGAUACCGUUCUUCACGCGGAGGUUUACCAAACAGGAAGUGAAAGAAGGAAGAACUCAGAUUAAUCACCUCGCCACUCAGUGGUACCAAGACGUCCGGGCGGUGGCAUCCGAAUCCGACUCAGAAGAUGAAGCAGAAACUAGUUUGAUAAAUCACGCAGAAGUAAAUCAUCACUGAGCAAUGAUUGCUUACAUUCCGUCAGACACGUCAGCCAUGUUUUAUGUGCCGUGAAGUUGGAUAUCUUUAUAGGAUCAUUCAAUCAGUCAUCUAGAAUGGGAUUUAAGUUUGUGUUCACUGUCAUUGGUCACAAACCGUCUCAUCGAUAUAGAUUUGUCAUAGUAUGACCAUGAUUAAGUUAAUCCUCUCAUCGAUAUAGAUUUACCAUUGUACGACCAUGAUUAAGCUAAUCCUCUCUUCGAUAUAGAUUUGUCAUUAUACGACAAUGAUUAUCCUCUCAUUGAUUUAGAUUUACCAUUGUACGACCAUGAUUAAGUUUAUCACCCCAUCAUUAGUGGGUUGCUCAAUUCCAUGUACAGGUACAUGUAAAUGCAGUCAGAUUCCUUCUUUAACUUAUCAUUUACCCAGAAUCCUCUCAAUGUGUAUUGGACUGUUUUGUGUUCUGUGUUUGUGUUCUGACUUCAGAAUGUAAAGAUACAACAUGUGUGACUGAUUGUCAGAUGCUGCUUAGUUGUUCAAAAUUCUUUGGUCAGCAGUAUCUAGCAUACUGAUGGGUGUAUUUUAUUGUAGGUAUUACAUGUACAUAUGUUUAGGUCAUUUGAGUUACUCGUGUGGGUUACUGUGAUGUUUUCGGUUCGUUGUCAUCUGUCGUGUGUCAUGAGUUAACAAUUAAACAUUUUCAUCUUCUUCCGAGAAUUUACUGGGCCAAUUUUUUUUUUUUUUCAAAUUUCGUAUUUAACAUUUAUAGUGGAAGGGCAACUGAAUUGUGAAUUCCAUGUUCCGUGUUGGGGCUGAAACUCAAAAUUAAAAUCUCAAAAAAUGAUGCAAUAUUUAAAAAUCUUUUUCACUUUCAGUUAUCUAGCAAACAAACUAUACAUGUUUAUGAUGAGCAAAAAAAAAAAAAAAACAAUUAAAAAAUAAAAACCACUUCAUAUCAUUAAAAGUUUGAAUGAAAGAUCCAUUUACUGCACCAUCAGCACCAUCAACAUACAACUCUUCCAUUUAAAUUUUUUUGUGAUAUUCCGGUGACCGUUAAGGUCCAGGGGCCUCUAGUUACAUGUAGGUUUGAUUUACUAUAAUUUUUAUCUUGGUUGCUGUUUUAGUGUGUUUUGGUCAGUACUUGCAGUAGAUCAAUUAUUUAAUCAUUUUGUUGUCUCGAACUGCAGUUUAUGGAGAAUUGGGACUAUAACUUGAAUGGCACAUGUUUUAGGUCAUAUACAUUUCAGAGCACUUUGGAAUUAGCAUACAAUCAAACUAUUUACAAUUUAUGCAUGAAAUUCAUAAACCUCCAAAUAUUUUAUCGCCUGAAAUACCUUUCAAGAUAGAAAUGUAUAUUUACAUUUUAAACUUUUAUAAUAUAUAUGCCUAUGUUGAUCUAAGUCACAAAAUUAAAACAAAAAAGCCAUUAAUUUUCAAUUAUGUGACAUUAAUCUGAUGUCGCGUUUGAUUUGCAUCGUACUGGUACAUGUACGUGUAAAUUCAUUGAGACACAAAUUUAAAGGUUCUAUAUGGCAGACUUGUCGGUAGUACUGGGAGCAUAAAUGUAGAAAAAUUGAUGUUGAAUAUAUCUCAAAAUUUUCAUAUUGCUAUGCAUAUUAUUUAUCCAUUUGUGAAAUCCCUACAGGAAUUUGUGAUUAAAUAGAAGAAGUAUUUGUAAACAUUGAUUCAUGAUUAUUCAUUAGUAAUAGCUAAUACAAGUAUGCCACAUGGUAUAUGCAUGUACUUAUAUGAGUAUCAACUCUACAAUACUUGUAAUUGCACAACUCGCUGUCUUUCACAGAAUCAGUUUUACAGAUAUAAAUAUGCUUCUGAGAGUGAGUAAUGUUCAUUUAAAAUGUCUGUGUUUUAUUGGAUUUGUAUUUAUACAUGUACCUAACAUCUUAUUGCUGUUGUGAUUUUUAAUUCACUCUGAUUUGCUCAAUUUUACCAAGGUUUGAAAAACCCUUGUGUUUGAUACAGACAGAUGCAUAUCCUUCAAGUAAUCUCUGAUUAUUUAUGAUCUCAUAUUCAGAAAUAUAUCAAAGAAUUGCCAGUAUGUGUACCAAGUAAUUUGCACUCAUAAAAUGGGGUAGACAAUUUGGAAUUUGAGCAAAGGUAAAGUUGAUGUUUGUACAAAAAUGAAAAGCUCAGUGAGCUGCGUUAAAAAGGAAAGUUAAAGAUAGUUAGAUUUAUUUGUCACAUGUAAUAAGAUUUUUAUACGCCCGUCUUAAGACGGGACGUAUUAUGGUAUGGCGUUCAUGUCCGUCCGUCUGUCCGUCCGUCUGUUAGCUUUUUCGUGUCCGACCCGUAACUUAAAUACUACAAGGCCUAGAAUCAUCAAACUUUGUCUGUAGAUACAUCUUGGGUAGAAGGUGUGUCGCACAUUAAAACCAGGUCACUGUGACUUUUCAUUAAGAAGAUAAGGCCAUAUAUGGCAAAAACUUGUCCGGUUCAUAACUUGAAAACUAUUAGACCUAGAAUCACCAAAAUUGGUCAACUAAUGCAUCUUAGGUAGAAGGUGUGUCGCAUCCUACUUUAAGGUCACUGUGACAUUUAAUUAAGGUGAUAUAAAAAAAAAAAAUUUUAAUGGGUACAAUCUAUACUGUUAACAAUAUGUGACGGGCGUAUCAUGUGCCGUGGCGGUGCACUUUAUUUUAUUAUAAGUUUGAUUUGAAUUAAUCGACUAAUAGUCACCCUACCCUCAUUUCUGAUACCUUUUAUUUUAAGAACUAAAUCUGGUUGUUGAUUAAGUUAAUUAAUACAAUGGCUUCUACCUCUUCAUUACAUAAAUGUACAGGAUGCACCUGUAAGUCUGGAUUGUGUGUUAAAAAUGAAAUUUUUAUUUGUGUAUAUGGAAAUGAAAUAUUUUGUCUUUCAGAAUAAUCAGUUAUAGCAGUUGUUAUUGUUUGUUUUUCCGUUGGAAAUAAUUGUUUUGAUGAUUUUUAAGUAUAUGUAUUGUGUUGCAUUAGGAGUUCACUCUUUGUAUACAUCUUGUACCAGUAUAUACAGUAUUGGAAUUUUAAGGGAUUUGAUUAAGACACAUGUAAGAGGAAUAAACCUGUAUAGUUAUUUUAAAAGAGUGCUUGAUAUAUAUUUUAUGCCAACUUCUUAAUUACAAUUAAAAGAGAAUUUGAACUUUAACAUGAUUUUUUAUACUGUAGCAGACUGACUUUAACAAAUCGAUGAUUGAUGCAAGCAAAACACGUUAGGCCCUGGCUAGUGUAAAACCGGUCCCUGGCUAAUAUAAAACCAGUCAGGUUUGUCAAACUUGUAGAAGGCAAACAGAACUGAGCAAUAUAUCCCUGAUAAACUCGACAUAUUACUGUAGAUAUUUUGCAAUAAACAUCUCUUCAUUUUUGUUUACUCAACAGAGCCUCAGGUUUAAGUUAUUAUUGUUUUUUUUUUUAUCAGGUUUUGAAUGUAUGUGUGUGUCUGAUUAAAACUUUUCACAUUUUCUGUUUCUUCUCAAGAGCCACAAGGCUAAAUUCAUUUCAACCAAAAGUGAACUUAAAAUAUUCCAAGGUAAAGAGGUUCAAGUUUGUUAAAAUGCUUUCUAAAGGGAGAUAAUAAAGAAAUGUAAAUACUAAUUUCUAAAGCAUAAUAUUAGCAUGAUAUACUAAAUAUGCUUUUUAGAAUAAUACAAAUUGCAUUGUGGUAUUGUAUGAAAUUAUUUAUUCAAUAUUUACAUUAAUUGAAAUUUUUUUAUACCUCUAGUAAAAUUAUAUUGGUAUAUUAAAAUAUUGUAUUAUAUGUUCGAGUUUUAAAAACAGUAUUUUGUACUUAUGCAGAGUGGAACUGAAGUCAGUUCUGAUGCAUUUUUUUGUAUUUCAUAUGUAACAAUGUUACAAAUUCUCUCAUGCAUGGUUAUUUUUUAAUUCAAAUUAAUGAAAUAAACACCAUUAAUCUAUGUACAUGUAUUUAUAAUACAAAACAGUGUUACAAAAUUCUCUCAUGCAUCUUUUUGUCUUUUAUUCAAAAUAAUGAAGUAAACACCAUUAAUUUAAGAGAGUCCAACUCCGUUUUUGUAUAAUUUUAAAGUUUAACUAUUCAACCACCUUCUGUUGAUUGAAACAGGAAAAAACAAUAAAAAACAAUUUUGGAUGGGUUAUAGACAUAUAUUAACUUACAAUUAAAUUUGAUGUGUUUUAAAAUAAUACCAUAUUUUUGCAAUAAUAAUUUUUACAAUGACAUAUAUUUACUUGUACAUUCACCCCAUUUUCCCUGAAACAUUUUUUAUACUAACUGAAACUAAGUUAAUAUCUCAAAAACUUUCGAAAUACCCCAGUCGCUGUGUAUAUAAUUACACUUGGCUUUAAAAAGUAUAACAUGGGUCUAUUAUGAAAAUGUAAUUACAUGUAGAAUAAUUAAAAUGUAAAGAAGGAAAAUGACUUUUAUUUUUUGAAAGUGCAUGAAAUGAUAUACCCCUCUUCACACCGGCAUAUUUCUUGGAGCACUAACACACUCUUGGCCCGUGAGUGUACAAUGUUUAUUACUGAUAAUAAUUAUAGUACGGUUUAAUGGUGUUUUAGCUUACACGAGCUGCAAGCUCAGUUGAGCCUUUUUAAUUACUCGUCAAAAUAUGAUGUGGAAUUAAAAAGGGAAAUUAAAGUUCUUUUGAAAUGUCUUCUGAAGAAUAGUAUAUGACCCAGGUGAGUGUUGUGGCCCCUGGACAUCUUGUAUAUACAUGGAGUUACUCUACAUCUCAUAAUGGCUGACUUCCUUUUAAAACAUGAAUAAAACUACAAAUUUCCACAAUAUUUGUCUAUUAAUUUCAAAAGUUAUUGUGUAGCUCAGUAGGUUAGCACGUCGACUGCUGAACUGUAGAUCGUGAGUUCAAGGUAGUCCAGCAGGGAUUUUUAAAUUUUUUCAGAUUGCUUUCUACUAAAACUGCAUUUUUUAACUAAAUAAAGUAAAUUUGAAAGUUUUCAAUUUCAAAAUAUUGUUGUACAUGUCCUCCACUUUUCAUCUACAUCAAAUUUCUCUGAUGUAGCAUUCCUCCAUGUUAUAUUUUAUCAUUAGAAUGACAAUACACAUUGUGAAUGUUGAUUGUGAUUUGGAAUUUCUACACAAUAUGUCUAUCAAUAUGAUGGAAGAUCAACACUAUAACAUAUUGAAAAUAUUCAUGUUAAAACUCUCUGCAUUAGAGGGAUACAAACUUAAUGUUCAUGUUAAAACUCUCUGCAUUAGAGGGAUACAAACUUAAUAUUCAUGUUAAAACUCUCUGCAUUAGAGGGAUACAAACUUGAUAAAAUUGUUGCAUCCACAGAGUUGGUUUAUAACAUUUAUUUUUGAAUAUAUAGAAAUGUUUUUUUAACAAAUUUAAAAAACGAUCAAGAUAGAAGCGGGGAGUGGGGCAGUGUUUUUCCGAGACUCUUUUCUGUAUAUACAUGUAUUUUGUUUUAUUUCAUGCCUUCUCCUUUUCCUGGUGAAAUGUUAUGUUUUUUGUUAUGCAAUAGUGUACAUAUUAUUUUACUUAGCACUUUAUUCUAAAUUUCUUAGUCACAAAUAUUUGAAGUGGUAGCAAUUGUUGUAUACUGUACAUAACUAGAUUAUCCAAGGAGCAGUGGGCGAUAUUAACUGGAAUCAUUUUUACCCAUUCGUUGUUGAUGUUUUGUUUAAAUCCUUGUGAUAAUGUCUUCUGCAGUUGCUUAUUGAUUAAAAUAAAAAUAUGCAAGAAGGUAAAUAAAUCAGUAUGCCAUGGACA